CUUUCCUGGUUGGGCCGGUGUCUGGUAGGGCGCGAGCAUGGGAGUCGACAUCCGUCACAACAAGGACCGCAAAGUCCGGCGCAAGGAGCCCAAGAGCCAGGACAUCUACCUGUGGCUGCUAGUGAAGCUCUACCGGUUCCUGGCCCGAAGAACCAACUCCACUUUCAACAAGGUGGUCCUGAAAAGGCUGUUCAUGAGUCGGACCAACCGGCCCCCCUUGUCCUUGUCCCGCAUGAUCAGGAAAAUGAAGCUGCCUGGCCGGGAAAAUAAGACAGCUGUGGUUGUUGGGACUGUGACAGAUGAUGUCAGGAUCCAGGAUGUUCCCAAGCUGAAGGUCUGCGCCCUUCGUGUUACCAGCAAUGCCCGCAGUCGCAUCCUCAAAGCUGGUGGGAAGAUCCUCACCUUUGACCAGCUGGCCAUGAGCUCAACCAAGGGCCGGGGCACUGUCCUGCUGUCUGGUCCCCGAAAGGGCCGAGAGGUAUACAGGCAUUUUGGGAAGGCACCAGGCACUCCCCACAGCCACACCAAACCAUAUGUCCGAUCCAAGGGCCGAAAGUUCGAGCGUGCCAGGGGCCGCCGUGCCAGCCGAGGCUACAAAAACUAAUUCCCUUUCUCCUUGUUAUAUUAAAGAUUUUGGACAACAAAAAAAAAAGAAAAGAAAUAAUGUAAUCAACAAGCAUUUAUUAAAUGCCCUAUGUGCCAUUCACUGAGUCAAGCUACAGAGACAAAAAUUAAAUAAUCCCAGCCCUUGAAAAACUUAAUUCUAUUGGGAAGGAAACAAGACAUACACAAGUAAAUACAACAUACAUACAAAGCAAAUGCAAAGUAAUUGGUGGGGAUGGGAGGAACAGGAAAGGUCUCCUGUUGAGGUACAGCUUGAGCUGAGCUUGCUAAAUACUGGAGACUCUUAAGAGAUGGAGAAGUGCAUUUCAUUUUUGAUUCUCUAUAAUAUGGUGAAGCAAUAAAUUAGGGCCACUCACUUCAGCAUUUGGAAGGAGGUCUCUCUGAGUUCCAGGUGGCUUGAUUAGUUUCUCCUAUCCAUUUCGGGUUUUUCAUUUGGUGACAAAUACCUCUUCCAAUAAGUGGGCUCUAUGGUAACUCACACAGAAGGGGCAAACAAGGCUCAUGUGACCAAAAGAGAUAUACCAAAGGAUAUCCUUUACAGCCACCUGGAGACAAGAAUGUGACACUUUGGGCCUCCAAAUCUACUUCCAGACUGUGUUGGGUGCAACUCCCCAAAUGGCUUCCCACCUUUCCGUCUGACAUGUUAGAGAGUCUCCCUUCUCUUGGGGGAUUCCAGAAUGGUGACUGGUGAGGAGCAAGGAGGUAUCACCUCUACUUCCAGAACUACACUUUGGGGUCUUUGAGGGCCAUAAGGAAGAUGGCCCCCUUGUUGAGGAGGAUGAGAGAGAAAAUGGGCCUUAAAGGCAGCCAAGGCUGCCCCCUCACCCAUAACCUUUUCCAGAGAUCAGGGACUAUUAACGUGGAUUUUUAACAUGUAUUAAACUGUAAAACCAUA